UUGAUUUCCAAAUUCAAGGCUGUAGUGAGAUGGUCGACUGAAGAGUGCGCUCGACGUGGGCUCGAGCCGACUACCGAAAAUCGAAGAGCGGUUUUAGGUAGAGCCGUGCAACUCAUACGCUUCCCCCUCAUGACUGUUGAAGAAUUUGCACAAUCUGCUGCCCAAUCUGGACUGCUCACUGAUCGAGAAGUGGUGAAUCUGUUCCUCUACUUUACAGUAAAUCCGAAACCUUCAAUCGGCUUCAAUGACAACCCACGAUGUUCUGUCGCAGGCAAAGAGCUGGUUGUCAGCCGUUUUCAACGAAUCGAUGGACGCUGGGGUUACAGUGGUACUCCAGACAGAAUCAAGUUCACGGUAGAUAGAAAAAUAUAUGUAGUCGGGUUUGGCUUAUAUGGAGCUAUACACGGUCCCCAUGAAUAUCAGUGCACUAUACAGAUAAUUCACUGCGGUACGGGAAAAGUUCUAGCGCAGAAUGAUACAUCGUUUGUUUGCGAUGGAUCAUCUUCAACUUGUCGAGUUUCCUUCCGAGAACCUGUAGAGAUCACUCCGGGUGUUACCUAUAUCGCCAGCGCAUGUCUAAAGGGUAUGGACUCUCAUUAUGGUACAAAAGGACUACGAAGGAUCGUCCACCAAUCAGCCUCCGGUGGCGUAGUUACUUUCCAGUUUACGUAUGCCGCUGGUAACAAUAAUGGGACAAGCGUUGAAGAUGGACAAAUCCCAGAGAUCAUAUUUUAUACGAACAACAGCUAG